GGAACUCGGAGCUCCGCUGUGCAGUUUUCUUCGCCCCGCACGUCGCGCGCCUUCCCUCCCGAUAUGCCGUCUGUGGAGUUGGACACAAAUUUGCCUGCUGGCCGCGUGCCUGCCGGGCUGGAGAAGCGACUCUGCGCAGCCGCCGCCGCCAUCCUGGGCAAACCCGAGAACCGCGUGAAUGUGACGGUGCGGCCCGGCCUGGCCAUGGUGGUGGAGGGCUCGGCCGAGCCCUGCGCGCAGCUGGUAGUCUCCUCCAUUGGUGUGGUGGGCACAGCCGAGGAGAACCGCGGCCACAGCUCCCGUUUCUUCGAGUUCCUCACCAAGGAGCUGUCACUGGGCCAGGACCGGAUAGUUAUCCGCUUUUUUCCCUUGGAGCCCUGGCAGAUUGGCAAGAAGGGGACGGUCGUGACUUUUCUGUGAUCAGCACGGAGUUCAUCCAGGGCAUCUGUGAGCUGGUCACCUCUUCCAGAGAGGUCUCCUGGUAGAGUGAAGGCCUGGUGGAUACGAGCUUCUGGCAGCCCCGUAUGCAGACAUGACUGUGACCUCACAAUCCUCUUCUUCCCCAUUCUCAUGCCAAAUAAAUGAAGAGAGCUUUGUCUUUCAAA